AUGGGGAAGAAAUCAAAAAGCCAAUCUGAACACCGCAAAGGUGCAAAAGCCGAGGCCAAUGGCGACGCUGAAGUAGCCAACCAACCAUCUUUUCUGGCUGGUAAUGCGCCAUUUGACCCUUUACUGGCCUCGCUAUUUGAAACAAGUGCUGGACCGGUGCAGACACCAUCAGUGCAAUAUACUUCUACGAAGCGUUCCUCAAAGCACAAAGGCUCCAAUGCGCCACACGAAGGCGGUUCGGAUGAGGAGUCGGAUGACGAAAAUCAAAGUGAUAAUCACAGCGACCAAGAAAUGCAGGAUGCGGAGGACGGAAGCGAUACAGGCAGUUCCGAAACCGAUAAUGCUCGCGUGAGCCGAAAACGCAAGAGGACAGCCGCAGACAACCUAGAAGAUGUUUACAUGCAGAAAAUCACUCGCGAAGAACAAAAAGAAGAAGCCAAACGCAAGGCAGACUCAUCCAAGAAGCGAAAGGCGGCCAAGUCUGACGACGAUAGCAACGCAUCACAAGAGGACGAUUCCUCAGAUGACGACGACACCGCACCUCCUAUGCACGAGUCUUUGACCGGCGAACAGGAAGUCACAGAACUGGACAAAUCAGGCAGAACCGUUUUCCUCGGCAACGUUUCGAAUACUGCGAUUAGAACCGGCUCAGCUAGGAAAACGCUGGUGAAACACCUUUCAUCCUUUUUGGAUAGCCUGCCCAAAUCAGACACGCCUCACAAAGUCGAAUCAAUCCGCUUCCGCUCUACAGCCUACGGCACUAAGCUUGGGGUUCCUCGACGUGCUGCCUUUGCUCAAAAAGAGGUCAUGGAUUCCACGACGUCUAGUACAAACGCUUACGUCGUCUUUUCUACAAAACUCGCCGCCCAAAAGGCCCCAGGGGCUUUGAAUGGGACAGUAGUACUCGACCGUCACCUGAGAGUCGACAAUGUUGCGCACCCCUCGGCAAUUGACAAUAAGCGAUGUGUGUUUGUUGGAAACCUCGCCUUCGUUGAUCUAGAGAACACUGCCGGUGAAGACGGCGAGGCGCCCAAGAGAAAACCAAGCACACCAGCUGAUAUUGAGGAAGGGCUGUGGCGCACAUUCAAUGAUCACACAGGAGCUGGAGGCCAGAAAAAUGCAGGUGGUGGAAACGUGGAAUCCGUCCGGGUUGUUCGCGACCAGGCCACCCGUAUUGGCAAAGGGUUUGCCUAUGUGCAGUUCUUCGAAUCCAACUGCGUGGAAGCAGCGUUGCUUCUGGAUGGCAAGAAAUUCCCUCCAUUGCUACCCCGCAAACUCCGUGUCGUCCGAGCCAAGAAGGUAAAUAAAAAACGCGACUCGGAGAGGCGUAGUGGCGGACGCAUCGAAGGCACUCGCGACACCCUUGGUGGCCGAUCCAGCAAGUUGUUUGGUCGGGCUGGAGCUGCCAAACUGCGAGAUGUCGUCGGUAACACGCCGUUCAUUUUCGAAGGACAACGCGCGGUGGAGGGCUCUGGUCAGCUGAAGGUGAGGACCAAAUCUCGGGGGGCGAGCAAGGGAAAGCGAAGUUCUCGUCGUGCAGCUGCAUAUCGUGCAGGCGGCGGCAGAGCUGAUACAUUUACUCUCCAUGCAAACAGUGCAAACGUGAACUUCGAGAAUUCUACUCAAUUCGAUUGCUGUGCAAUUGAACCCAUGACUUUAUUCGCUGACAUUGCGCUCCCUUUUAUCAUCUUUUGUUUGAUAAGCUACUUUACCACAAUGCACCGCAGUCCUUUCUCACGCAAUAGGAACCGGAGGGUCCUACCGCCCGUUCCACAGCAUCAUGAGCCGGAGACGAGUAGUAAAACCAGCGGUUCCAGCUUGGACAUGAACGAUAAACCUGGAAACCAGGAGUUUUAUCCCAGUAUGGAAGACGUCCUGGACGUCCGCGAUCUGCUCCGCCGUAUGAGGCCCAGUGCCCAUGGAACAGUGCCGGAUGAAAUCGUGGAUAUGAUUAUCGACGAGGCUGAAUAUUGGCCUAGUGUGGUGACGAGUCUGAAUACGACACCUUUGAUGAUUUCGGCAGAUGGUGACAAGGAAUGUUUGAGGACGCCACCAUUGUGUUUCAGCUUUAAUGAGGGAGAGGAGAACACGCCAAAGACUCUUUUACAUAGGGGCAUGUAUCCGUGUAGAAAAAUAGUCUUUGAUAUAUCUUCGCACGACCAAGGCUGGGGUGGUAAUCACGGUCAUCAAGGCACGUUUCGAGGAUCUUAUACUUGGUUUGAUACCUAUAUCAUCCCAUCCAACAAGAAAAAUAGCACCGAUGGGGAGGAAGGAGGCCAAGAGUCAGUCUCUACAGAGACAGGAGAGGACGCAACAUCCGGUCCAUACCCCAUGAAACCCUUUCUACCAGGCUCCACAAAACUCCAGUGCAAUCGCACCGCGACUAAAGUUCCUACGAAUUAUCACAUUGUUUGGCAUUACAAAGAUAGCAUCCAGCAGGACUCUUCCGAAGCGGAGAGGAUUGAAGAAGAAGAAGGCCGCGGAAGAGCAACCCUAGAUGGCGAAUCGGUGCGAGCAAUGCAAAUUGGGGACCAGCUCGUCGUUUGGAUGCGAGCACGGUUUGCUGCAUGGCGCAACAACGUGGACAGCAUGUCUGUAAGAAUAUUCUGGGCUGUAUAG